CUCCGGUUCCAUGUCCGAAGAGCUAACCAGUAGGCCACGGCCUGUUCUUCUUUUUCGGUGAGACUUUUUUGGCAGUCUGCAAAUGGAGUGCAUUACCACCACCAUCUGCUGGACUGAGGUGUAAUGGCUAGUGUAGCCUUUACAGAGGAGGCUUCUAUAAGACUACAGGUGAAGCAGUGCUUCACCAAAAAAAAGUAAAAAACAAAACACAAAAAAAUCUUAUAAUAAUCCUAAUUUUACUCCUUUGAAACAGAAAUACAGUCACUAACACAAACUGUUUUCCUGAAAUCAAUUCUGUGAGUGACAACAGCGCCAUCGUCACCUGCGGUGGAACGGAGAAUUACAGUGAAUCAGACUGCUUCACCAAAUUUUCGUUUUGCUUCACUACCAUGGAUAUCUUUCCCAAUUGACUUCAAUGUAAAUCGAGUGAAACCCCAGGCGGCUCGUGGAUUUUUUCCGUUUCAAUUGAUCCUUAUGGCAGAUAAGUCCCACCCGUGAAGCAGUGACCGAUUGGGCAGAAUUUCACACUCCCUGCCGUUGAAUAUGAUUGACGCAACACUCUGGCCAAUCACUGUCUCCAUUAGCUUGCCAUCACUUUUCAGUUGCCUUCAGUAACCUUACUAGAGUUUCAUUAUAAAUUGUGUAACUCAUUCACAUUGUUUGUUUUACAUUCAUUUUGUAAGGUACAUCGGAUUUUUUUUCUGUGUAGGGGAGAACGUUUUAUUUAGAAGUAUUGUGUGUAGCUUGCUAGCAGUCUCCCCACAGCUAACGUCAGUGACUCGCUAAGUCCUAGCAAGAUGGAUUCGACGGAAGUUUCAGGCGAUGAACAUCGUUGACCGCAAUUUACAGGAUUCUUUACAGUUUUUUGAAAUGAGGACCUAUGAGUGAAUGCAGAGGGGAGACCAAGAGACUUCCUGUGAAAUUAACACAGUUCGUGGGUGCUACGCUCUGCCCAGCCAACAUGGACGGGUUGCCAUAGUGACAGGUGGCGCCAGAGGGAUGGGCUUUGAGGUGGCGCGGAGUCUGACCGGCCUGGGCAUGCACGUCAUCAUCGCUGGGAAUGUUGAAGAGGAGGGUCUGGAAGCUGUGACCAAGAUCCGUGACGAGACCAAAGAGGGCAAAGUUGAAUUCCUCUUCCUGGAUCUGUCCUCUCUGCACUCCGUGCGUCAGUUUGCCCAGAGGUUCAAAGCCACUGGCCUCCCUCUCCACGUGCUGGUCAACAACGCUGGCGUGAUGAUGGUCCCUGAGCGCCGGACGGAGGACAGCUUCGAGCUGCAGUUUGGCCUGAACUUCCUGGGUCACUUCCUGCUCACGCACCUGCUGCUGGACACACUCAAGCGAUCGGGUCGCCACGGCAACCACAGCCGCAUCGUCAACAUGUCCUCAGCAACACACUACGGGGCUCGCCUUAACCUGGAGGACCUGCAAAGCAGGUCUUGUUAUAGUUCUCACGGGGCGUACUCCCAGAGUAAACUGGCCCUGGUCAUGUUCACCUACUACCUGCAUGAGCAGCUGACAGCAGGUGAUUUCCCGGUCAGCACCAACGCUGUGGACCCUGGCAUGGUGGACACGGCCCUCUACCAGAACCUCUGCAGCCCGGCACAGCUGCUCCAGAGACCUGUUGCCAGACUACUCUUCAGGACACCAGCAGAGGGAGCCUCCACCGCUCUCUUGGCUGCCGUGGCGACAGAGCUGGAGGGUGUGGGCGGCUGCUACCUGUACAACGGCCAGCGGGCAGCAUCCUCCGAGACGUCCUACGACCAGGACCUGCAGGCCCAGCUGUGGAAGCAGAGCUGCAGCCUAGUGGGCUUGUAGGGGGCCAACACACACACACACACACACACUGCUUUCUAUGACCUGGAGGUCAUUGAACAGAACUUGCCCUCAACUGCCCUAAUCAUGCCUCUCACUACAGAACACAGACUCCUUUUGCAGAGAGUGCAUACAGCACACACACACACACACACACACACACACACACACACACACACACUCCGCCUAACAGACUGAGUCAUAGUGUUUCUCUGAUCAAUGACCAUCUAUGUCUGUGUCCGUGCGUGUGUGACUCUGGAUGGAUGAAGUAGUGUGUGUGUGUGUCUGAGUGUGUGUAGUAAUGUGUUGUGUCAUGUGCAAUAAGAUCAGUAAGAUCACAUACUUGAGGCUAAAAGCUCUUGAUUGUGAAAUAUUAUGGGUGUAAUUGCUGUGAAAUGUCACUGUGUACGUGUGUGUGUGUGUAUUGUAUGUGUGUGUGUGUGUGUGCGUAUUAUGUUCUAUAUAAAUCAUGCUAUUGGUUGAACUGAUCUGAAAUAAAUUUACUGAUUUUGUCUCUAAA